GUCCGCGCCCGCCCCGCGGCGCCCGGCCGGGGUGAGGAGGUGGGCACGGUGAGGGGGGACACGGGUGAGGAGAAGGAGGAGGCGGAGGAGGACACUGCAUCUCUGCGCAUCUUCCUCCUGCUCCUUCCUGUCCAGCUGGAAGGAAAAACACAGGAAGAGCAAUAUUCCAGUGGCGUCUUUUGCAGCCUCCAAGUUCAGCAGUCUUUCUACAUCUUGUUUCCACAUCUGCCUAUGAGCGCCCGAAGAAGUGAGAGGCAAUAUUGAUCAAGCAGAAGUCCUGCAUGAUGUUCAGAUGUCAGCGAAGUCCACAAACCCUGUGACGAUGGAGACUGCGCUCAGCGAUGCGGGUGGACCGGCAUGGGAGGGACAAGGGGAGGAGGAAGCUUCAGCUCCUCGUCCAGAAACUGGAGGGAACAGCCCUGAGAAAGGAGGAACUGCUGCGCUCUCUCUGUGACAUUGUGCAGAAGGUCGUGUUCCAGUUCAGUCUGAGACAUAGGGUGACUCACUGUACUUGUGUUUCAGAAAAUAAAUCAGUAAUUCACCCUAACUCUGUCAGUUCUUAGGGAAGAGCACGUUUUAUGCGGGACUUUGUUAGCCUCUUACCUGCCUUGUGUUUCUACAGUGACCAGGAGUGAAGGGAAAACAUCAGAGCAUGUCGGAGUUCUGGCUAAUUUCUGCCCCAGGAGAUAAAACAAAUCUGCAGGCAUGGGAAAGAAUGAAUACGGUGACACUGAAAUCCAACUUGUCCAGCAACAGCAAAUUCCAUAUUCCAGACUUAAAGGUGGGGACACUGGAUGCUCUUGUUGGUCUGUCAGAUGAGUUGGGAAAACUUGAUAGCUUUGCUGAAAGCGUAAUAAAGAAAAUAGCCCAGUAUAUAGGAGAAGUUAUGGAGGACUCCAAAGACAAAGUCCAGGAAAAUCUUCUGGCCAAUGGAGUUGACCUAAUCAGCUACCUGACCCGGUUUGAGUGGGACAUGGCCAAAUACCCCAUAAAGCAGCCGCUGAAGAAUAUAUCGGAAGCAUUAGCAAAGCAAAUGACUCAAAUAGAAACAGACCUAAAGACCCGAUCAGCUGCAUACAACAACAUUAAAGGAAAUUUGCAGAACCUGGAGAAAAAAACUGUGGGAAACCUGCUGACUCGGACCCUAGCAGACAUUGUGCAUAAAGAAGACUUUGUUCUGAAUUCGGAGUACCUUAUCACACUGCUGGUCGUAGUGCCAAAGUCAAGCUACAUACAGUGGCAGAAGACGUAUGAAUCCCUCUCUGAUAUGGUAGUGCCUCGCUCCACCAAAAUGAUCGCUGAGGAUGCUGAGGGAGGACUCUUCACUGUGACCCUAUUUAGAAAAGUGAUGGAUGACUUCAAGGCUAAAGCCAGGGAGAACAGGUUCAUGGUUCGAGAAUUUUAUUUUGAUGAGAAGGAACUGAAAUGUGAAAAGGAAGAGCUGAUGAAAUUAGCUUCUGAUAAGAAACAGCAAUACGGCCCUUUACUCCGCUGGCUGAAAGUGAACUUCAGUGAAGCGUUCGUGGCUUGGAUUCACGUGAAAGCCUUGAGAGUUUUUGUUGAAUCUGUCCUGAGGUAUGGCCUCCCGGUGAAUUUCCAAGCAAUGUUGCUGCAGCCAAAUAGGAAGUCCGUAAAGCGCCUGAGAGAUGUCCUAAACGUGGUCUUCAAACACCUGGACGAAGUUGCAGCAGCAAGUAUAAUGGAUCCUGGCAUGGACAUCCCCGGUUUACAACUGAGUAAUCAAGAAUACUAUCCUUAUGUCUAUUUCAAGAUUGACCUCAGUCUUCUUGACUGCAGUUAAAAAAAAUCACUCAAGCUUAACCUAUUCAAGACCCUAAUGUUAUGAUAAAAGAAUCGUUAGCUGUUGAAAGUCAAAUUAAAAUGCAGAAGCUGUAGGAUAACCACAUAAGAUUUUCCUAACACUUCCAGUAACAUUUAAGCGACUUCAGUAUAAACACCUUUUGUUCAUAGUGUUACAGAAAUACAUUUCCGAGGCAGGAGGUACUAUGGUAGUAUUUAUUAUUUUGUUAAGUUACAAAGAUGGAGUCUCUACUGGACUGGAAAUAAAACAGUUUUAAAUGUGUGGUGGCUGAUGGGUCUGUUAGGCUUGUACAGUCCUGGUAUUGUUAACAAAAACUAAAAAACAGGAAAAAAAGCAUCAAAGCAGGAUCCCAAGUUUUUUUGUUUUCUUUUUCUUUCUCUAAUUUAAGUACUUAAGAAGAUUCACCAGGAUUGCUUUGAACCUUAUUGUGGUAUGACUUACAGGCCCAAGCAAUCAGAACUUUAGUUUUUGCCAAGACACUUCAGUUAGAACCUGUCAUUAGGAGAGCUCAUCUGCUGGGACGACUUGAGUUGGAGCACAGCUCCUGCCCCACAUCAGUGGUCAAGUUAUUACUGGCUGCCAGCAGUUACUACAUCGACUUUCAGAGGAACGAACUAAGGGCAAUCCUUUACAGACACCACUAGAUCACGAAUAUCCACAUUUUAAAUUAUUUCCUUGAAAGGAUGGGAACUUUCAGUUCCUUCAUUCCGUACUUAUAAACAAGCUGAUCACAUGAGGGUCACUCUUCUAGACACUGACACACAAGACAUGGAGAGCAAUAUAAUGUAAUAGUGUCUUUAUUUAAAAAAAAGCAGCAGUAUAACCAUACCCAUGCCCAAUCCUGCUUCCUCUUGCAAGGAAAUUGCUAUUUCAAAUCCAAACAGUGCCAGAUGGGAAGUGAAGAAGUAUCAGAUCCAAUCUGCUGGAGACAGCACCUCGGUUUUUUACUGUUAGCACCUCAUGCUCUAAAAUGGGGAUUAAUUUCACUGCUGAUCCUGGGGAAAAAAAAAAAGUACCAGCUCUCAGUUCAGCAGCAUUUUCUACUGGAUGGUGUCUCCCACUACAGCAGCAACACAAGUUCCAUUGUACUAUCAAUCAUAUGAAGUCUGGCACAAAGAAAGAGAAAGCCCCUGAGAAAGAAUAGGAAAAGGAAGACUAAAGAACAUUUAAACUAAGAUCGUCUCUCUAACCAAGCUUGAGGCCAAACUGCCAAGACCUUUCGCAGCACGGAGGUAAAGUUUAGGACUCCCUCAUUCUCCAGGCUCUCUUCUGCCAUUCAUUUUUCAAGAGUCAUCCAAAACAGGAUAGCUUUUACCAUGCACACCUCUGUUACUCUGUACAAGACUAACACUGUGUGUCAAAAAUAUUGUUUUAUUCUUUAAUUGAAACAGAAGCUGACCAGGUUCCACCUCAAUGGAAAAGAAAAAAAAAAUCACAUUUAAAAUUGGUUACACUAACAGCCUUCAGCAACACUCGAACAG